AUGAAAAUUUCUAUAUUUUCUGCUCUGCUGGUGCUAAGCCUAACUGGCAACGCCAUGGGUGCAUGCAGAACACGUACUAGACGCUGCUCGCCUCAGCUAGUCUGCGAUGCCAUCUUGAAACCUGGAGCCUUCCCUUGUGCAACGAAAGAACAACCAGACCCUCAGUGUACGCAAGUCGUGGGUGAUGGGUACACCGCCGUUCAAGUAUGA